CUGACUUGAGGAACUUGAGGUAACGGCCAGCUAGAUACGCAUUCUCUCCGUAGCUCGUACCUAUUUCACACACAAUGCUAAGGAGAAAGCCCUCAAAUGUCUCAGACAAAGAGAAAACCCAAAAGCCAAAGCGCACCAGCAGCUUUGGGACCUUUGAACGGUUUAGGAAACCCUCAAUUUCCAAACCAGAAGAUUUGAAGGAGGCGGGGGAUAUGGGAAUUGCAUUUGAAACUGGUGAAGGAGGAGUCUCAGAGGGCGAUAAGUCAUCAAACAAUGCUGGUGGUAUAACGAAGAAAAUGAAAGCCAUAUCACUGACCAUGCGGAAAAAGAUGGGGAAGAAGUAUAGCAAAACUCUCUCUGAGAGUGAAGAUGUUGAGGGCACUUUCUCUUACCGAUACAGUGACCCCACAGGAGGAAUGGCUACAGAAAAAGUCACUCCUCUCAAAGCCAGCGAAUCUGUGGAAAGUCUUUACAGCCUCAACAGUGGUCAGAGUUCAUCCAGUGGUGUCACCAGCUGUUCUGAUGGAACCAGUAACAGGAAUAGCUUUAGACUUGAUGACGACAUUCCUUAUACUGGUCCAUUCUGCGGUCGAGCAAGAGUCCACACUGACUUUAUUCCUAGCCCGUACGACACAGAGUCACUGAAAAUCAAGAAAGGUGACAUCAUAGAUAUCAUCUACAAGACACCCAUGGGUAUUUGGACUGGCUUGUUAAAUAACAAAGUUGGAAAUUUUAAAUUUAUAUAUGUAGACAUCAUAUGUGAGGAGGAAGCUCCCAGGAGAAUAGUAAGGAGGAGAAGUAAGCGGCCAAGACCUAAAACAUUGCUAGAACUUCUGGAAAGAUUCAACCUGCAGGAAUAUAUGUCGAGCCUUCUGUUGAAUGGAUACGAAAGUCUUGAAGAUCUAAAGGACAUAAAGGAGAGCCAUCUCUGUGAGCUCAACAUCACAAACCCUGAAGCACGAAUGAGGCUACUGAUUGCCAUUGAGAAUUUACAAGAUUGUGACUGUGAACAGGAAUCCGGCAAUGACUCUGUGCCGCCGACGCUCAGCCCUGACACUGCUGCAAACAAAUGUGAACUAAGUGACUGUCCCAGAGAUUCAGGAUGUUACAUUACACUGGAGAAUUCAGAAAACACCAAAGAUGAUGUUGAGUCAGAAAAACUGUGUGAAUCUGUUCAGAAAAUAACCAUUACCGAAUCCCCCUAACAAUCCGCCGCGCGGACAUGUGUCAGAACCCGCACCACUAAGGCACAAGCCUGUUUUCACAAUUUCCACAUGGCCGGCUUGUCAGCUUCACAGACUGCUUAGGCGUGAAGUUCCUGAGUAUUUAUUCACAAUGUAUAAACCAGCAGACAGAUCGGAGCUGUGGAGGACAGGCGGCAUCUUGUUGGGAGCAGCGGUUUCCACAUAUCAAGCUCCUAUGACCGUGACCAUGCACUGUAUGACUAUCACCAUGACAAAGUCCAAUACUUCAAGGAACUCACUUGGUAGCAUUCCUACAGCACCAACAAUUUACCAAGGAACUCUUCUUCUUCUAUAAGUCUAUCAUCAUUGUCUUGGAGAACCAAGAAGCACUAAAUACUGUAGUUCUGAAUGUCAAUAUAUAGAUGUAGCAGAGUUUAAUUUGUUGCUGUUAUGUGCAGCCCACAGACCACUAAUGAUGAUACUGUAUAUAUCAACACGGGUUGUGCCAAAUGACCCUUUCAUCUGACAAACUCACCUCUGCUGCAGCUUUGCUACUUUGUUUUGCACUAUGAUAAUGACAUAGUUUGGUUAUUAGAAAACAAGGGAUAUUUUUCUCCAUUUGUUAUGAAAACAGCCCCAUUCAGUACCUGGUGGCCUCCCUAGCAGUGCUGAGACAAGCUAUAUAAGUGCCCAUGGUACGAGUUUUAGAACGUGCACCAACACCCUCGUUCCCUGAAGUUUAGCAUAACUCUUGGCUAGACGAUCAUUUAUUUAAUUGCCCAGUAUCAUCCCCCUAACAAUCACUAGCAUUCAUAGUUCCAAUAAUGGGAUGCCUUCAAAAGGCAAGACUAUGCUCCAGUUUAUCUCCAGCUUGUGUCAUGUCCUGUGCAUGUGGUUUUCUUUACUCUCCCCCUCCAUGUGGUAAUGAAGGUCACACAUCACAUGCCUCUUAUUCCCACUGCUCCCUGGCUCCUCUCUGCCUCUGAAAGGAUCAUGUUUUACAUGCUGGGCAGCAGAUAAUGCAGAGUCAGUGAGCAAAAAUUAAUUAUAGCACUACCUUACAUCUUGCAAUAGAGGGGUAAAGCGUUAUGAAACCGUGUGUGGACACACUGCGCCACUGACUGGCAAUACCCUGGAGGGGCGUGACUAAGUAGCUACCUGGCCUUCACUAGAGCCUCUGAUGGUGAGGAUAGGUUUGGGCCGUUAGGAUAGUUACCAGGUGCCACUCUAGAGCAGUUCCCAGGCCAGUGGCAGCUGACCAGGGGGUUCAGAGAUACCGGUGCAAGCAUCGAGGAGAAGUACAUGGUCAGGGCAGGCAGCGAUCAAGCAAAGUCUGUAAAUGAAGUCAGAGGCAGGCGGCAAACAAGAAAAAUCAAUUAAACCAAAAAGUCCGGUACACAGAAAAGCAGAAACUUACAUAAACACCUUCACACUAGGAACUAGACAAGCUAGUGACCAAGAUUGCUCAUGCGCCUUCCUGGGGCAGGAAGCGCCUUUACUUCCUGCAACCCAGCCAUAGGCUGGGGAGAUAGAGGGGCAUGUACGUGCUGCCUCACAAGGGAGGAGAGACAGGC